AUGUCCGGCCAAAAUGUAAACGUGUGCGAUAUCGGGGAUGAAGUAAAAGAAGUCUUGAAAAAGUUUCGUUUUCAGAAACAUACUUCUAACAGCGCUUUAAUAUUGAAGGUUAAUAGAGAAAAACAGGCGCUGGAAGUAGAUGAACAGUUAGAGAAUGUAGAGUUAGAGGAGCUCCAGGAUAUUUUGCCCUCGCACCAACCUAGGUUUAUUGUGUAUAGUUACAAAAUGGAGCAUAACGAUGGACGGACUUCCUUCCCAAUGUGCUUCAUCUUCUAUACGCCACGAGAUGCUCAUAUGGAACUUCAGGUAAUGUACGCAGGCACUCAACGUGCGCUGGCAGCGGCCGUCGGUGCGCCGCGCCUUCUGGAGGUGAGGGAGAUAGACGAACUGACAAACGAGUGGCUCAAUGAAAAACUACGUAAA